ACCAGCAAGAAGCAGUCAUUAACUGCCCGAAAGAUGCUUUCAAAUCUCUUUAACCUACGAAAGCACAGAAUGAAUGAACCUUCUUUUAUUCUAUCCUUUUAGGGAGAAGAAAAGAAGGAGAGUAGUGGAGCUGACUGAGAAGUUAGUGAUGAAUUGGUAGAACUGGCGGAAGGUUUGAGGUUACCAGGCAGGAAGAAGGUUAACGUCAGCUAUAUGAAGGAGCUAAUCGGAUAUUAGGUUAUAAAGAGUGCAGUGACUCUAAGAUAGGUUUGACAGAUACUGAUCAGUGGGUCGUGAGUAGCUAACGCGUCUAUACAGUAAAACAUUGAUGGUAGAGGUCAGAGGUUUUUGCGCUACCUUUUUACAGUUGUCAUGUUAGCUAUUCACCUAGCCUACCUGCCAGGAGCUGUCCCGUUAAGAGCUUAGCGCUAGAUGACCCAGAGGGAUGGUGGUCGAUGGAGCCAGUGGACGUACCUGUGAGUGGGAGGGUCGGUGGAACCAUAUCAAAAAGUUUCUGGAAAGGUCAGGACCCUUCGCGCAUCCUGACUUUGAACCCAGCACCGAGUCGUUGCAGUUUAUGCUAGAAACCUGCAAAAUCCUGGUCAUUGGUGCUGGUGGUCUGGGAUGUGAGCUGCUGAAAGACCUGGCUUUAUCGGGAUUUCGCAACAUUCAUGUUGUUGACAUGGACACCAUCGAUGUGUCAAACCUAAAUCGACAGUUUCUCUUCAGACCAAACGACGUAGGCCGACCCAAGGCGGACGUUGCAGCUGAUUUUGUCAACAACCGCAUACCUGGAUGCUGUGUAGUCCCACAUUUUAAGAAAAUUCAAGACAUAGAUGAAACCUUUUAUAGACAAUUCCAUAUAAUUGUCUGUGGACUGGACUCUAUAGUUGCCAGAAGGUGGAUGAAUGGAAUGCUGCUGUCUUUGCUGGUGUAUGAGGAUGGUGUCCUGGACCCAAGUUCCAUCGUUCCUUUAAUUGACGGUGGGACGGAAGGCUUUAAAGGGAACGCCAGAGUCAUCCUCCCUGGCAUGACCGCCUGCAUCGAUUGCACCCUUGAGUUUUACCCUCCUCAGAUCAACUUCCCCAUGUGUACAAUAGCCUCGAUGCCUCGUUUGCCAGAACAUUGCGUCGAGUAUGUCCGGAUGCUGCUGUGGCCUAAAGAGACGCCCUUUGGAGAUGGUGUCGUCCUGGAUGGGGAUGACCCAGAGCACAUACAGUGGGUGUACCAAAGAUCCCUGGAGAGGGCAGCGGAUUUCAACAUAACGGGAGUCACAUACAGACUAACCCAGGGUGUUGUGAAGAGGAUCAUUCCCGCUGUAGCGUCUACAAAUGCUGUCAUAGCCGCUGCUUGCGCAACUGAGGUUUUCAAAAUAGCCUCAAGUGCCUAUAUACCUCUCAACAACUACAUGGUCUUCAAUGAUGUUGACGGUCUGUACAUACACACUUUUGAAGCAGAACGGAAGGAAAACUGUUCAGCCUGCAGCCAAGUACCUCUGAACUUGCACUUUGCUCCAUCUUCCAAACUCCAGGAGAUGUUGGACCACCUGACAAAGAGUGCUUCCCUACAGAUGAAAUCACCUGCUAUAACCGCAACAGUGGAAGGAAAGAACAAAACAUUAUAUUUACAGUCUGUAGCAACAAUUGAACAGAGGACCCGGCCAAAUCUGUCCAAAACCCUGAAGGAGCUGGGGCUUUCUGACGGACAAGAGUUGGCGGUAGCUGAUGCCACCACACCCCAAACCAUGUUGUUCAGACUCCGCUUUACCUCAUAGGAUGAACUCAAGCACUCUCACAGGCAGUUGUAGUCAUUCUUUUUUCUUUGCCAACUAUGAAUGAAUAUUUAAAAUGGCCUAAAAACUGGAAUCAUUUACAGCGUUUUAAGUCAGUGUAAAUGAGUAUACAUAAUUUCAUUGUUUUAAUGUGAUUAUUGACUAAUGUUUUGCACUGAAAAGCCAAAAUAUUACUUCAUACUUUGUAUUUUCUUUUGGUGAUACAUUACCUGCAAGGAUUUCUGCAAUGUGAUAUCUGCACUAAAUGCUCGUUAUAUGCAAGCAAAGAGACAAAAAAUUGUUACUUUGGUAAAUAUUCUGUACAUGUUCUGAUUUUGAAUAUUUAUCCAGUUUUUUUAGGUGCUUAACCACUGAAGUGGUAGUUGACAGACAAUAAUAAUGGAAUAAAAAUGCUUUCGUUUUGUA